AUUACUCUGCAAGUCUACCGUUUCUUUUCAGUUCUUACAAUUUUCUCGUUCAAAAUCGCCGAGCAAAACCGAAAAUCCAGCGCUCUUUAAUUAUCAGGAUCGAAUGAGUGACUGUCGAAGUUUUGGCAGCAAUUUUCGUCCAUCCAGCCAAUCUAGAAAGAUUUCAAUUGGAGUAUUGGUAGACUCUUUAGCUAAGAGAAAACCUGGAGGCAACAAGGAAGAUCAGGAUAAACAGGCAAAUGCAGAAAGAAACAAACCUAGCGUUGGAAUUUCCUCGGGGGGAAAAAACAAAGGGGAUGCUUUCAGAACUUCCAAGGGGAAUCAAACUGAAGAUAAUGAGCAGGUUAAGUCUCCAUGGAUUACUCCUAGAUCCUUGCAUAGAGAAACUCUUUAUCCAGAGACUACCUCUUUACCAAAAGAAGCGUCCAACCCCAAAGAGAAGAAACUGAAUACAGUGAAGGAUGUUCCAGAAAUAAAUUCAUUUUCGUUUUCUCAAAACCAAAACUUUAGUGCACGUAAUGUUGGCAGCGAGCAGCAAAAGUUUGAUGGCCUCAUUACUGGCCUAAACUACAAAAGGAAAGGAAGGAAGGAUGACAACUCACAGAGGGUGGAGGAGUUCAAUUGUGCAAAUCAAUGGAAAGAUAAAGUGGAGUUAGAGCAAAAGGCAGGUAAAACUGACAGCAUACAAACUGAAACUUUGAAAAAGAAGCUGCAUGAGUUGUUCGCAACUGUUGCUUCACCAAAAAGUCUUGAAUCUAGUUUACAGUCUCAUAAGGUCGGUUCCAAUAAUUCAAAACAAAGGAGAAGUGGUGAUAAUGUGGGAGACACAGCUAUAAAGUACAGAAAAAAUUCAGUUGAUGUAGAAAUUGUUUCAGAAAAUCCUGAUAAGACUGUUAAGAAGCCCGCAACCCGUUCCUUGAUCCAAAAGCGAGCUCUAGCAAAAGUGCAACUUGCUAACUCUAAAAUCGAUUUAUCCUCCAAGCAGAAACACGGAGAUAGCAUCUUAUCUUUUGGCGAAGGAAGAUCUGCAAAUUCUCCUGAAGAGGAGAAUGCAGAUGAGAUUGAAAGCCUUCCUGACUCUUCUCGGGAGAAAAGAGGAGAAAACUUAGAGAAGGUUCAAGAAAAGGACUCUUUUCAUUCUCCAAUGCUAAACGAGACAAAUGAGCAGGUGAAUUUUGACAAUACAACAUCACCAGGAAAAUGGGAUAAACAAGAAGAUGAUGGUAAUAUAUCCUUGAGGAAUUUUGUACAUGCACAAGAUGAUUUCCAAAGUCCAACUUUCAGGUUCAAUACGCCUAUUUUAAAUACUUCUUCAAGCCCAACACCAAAAACUGUAGAGAUAGAGCGAGGUACUUGUAGUCCUGUACCCUUUGAGAGAGGAUUUUCCAUAAGAAAUAUUGGGAGCUUCAGGACUUUCCGAACUUCAGGACCUGCUAGUCCUAAAUCCAAUGCAGAAGCUCAGUCGUCUGAAGAUACAGAGAAGCAUACAGCUUCUUCACUCAGGAACGGAAUGCCUGGUAAGGAAACAAUUGAUGCAGUAAAUGAGCAUUCUGAACCAUCAUCAUCAGCAUCAGAAGAACAGUUCUCUGAAACCUUCAUAGAAGGAUCACCCAUUAUUGAUAGAUAUGAUUGUCACAGAGAAAAUCUGAUCUCAGCAGAGAAUGUUAUUUCUGAGAAACCAAAUUUUGAGCAUUGCCCAAUCAAGCGGUUUCGGAAGGAAGAUGCCAAACUUAGUGAAUUCAGUCCCACGUCACCCUCCCAAAAAGAACGGGCAGGAACUGGAGAAAGUUAUUGGUUCCAGGAACCCUUGGAAGAGGACCAAGAAGAUGAAUUGACAAGGGCUAUUACAUUGCUUGCUUUGGCUUUAGAAUCAUUUAAACGCAAAAUGGACUCAGCUACUAGAAAAAAGUCCUCUGAGAUUUUGAUGUCCAUUUCUGAUGAGAUGAAGUCAAUGUCGCUGAAGGCUGAGUCUCAGAUCGAAUCUGAUGUGGGGAAGUUGACUUGUCUCAGUAAAACAAAAAGGAAACGUCUGGAAACAAGAUUGCAAGAGCAACAAGAUCAGUUGAAGAUGAUACUUGAAAAGUUCAAGGAGGACAUUCAUCAUCAUCUCUUCGAUUGCAAUAGUAUCCUUGAAGGGAUGGAAUAUCACCAAAAUGAACUAAAGGGAAUCAUGAAGAAACAAAAAGUGUCACACCAGAAGCUUCUCAUGCAUGUGGAAGAAGCAGCUAAAUUCCAACUUAAUAAUGCCGAAACAAGAAUCACAGCUGUCCAUGAGUCGGCGAGGGAAAAGAUGCUGCAGCUGAAACAUGAAAUUGCCGAGUGCUUGACUGAUAUAUACUGAACCGAUAGAGGUCUGAAGAUGGACUUGACAUUCCUAAGAAGUAAGAACUAAGAAGAUUUGACUUAGAAAAUUUUGCAUGUCCAAAUAUCUUCCUAACACCUUAUUCUACUUAGCUAUUGAUUAUUUACUUUCGUCCAAUAGAACCUUAUCUGUAAUAGUGAAUAUUAACUUUUCGUUUGAGUGGCCUGCACUUUCCG